GGGUUCUUGUCAUCUGAAACACCCUUAAUCAGCGGAUCAUUUGGUACCAGUGCCUCAACAAAGGAAACAGUCUCUGCGCAGUUUGCAGCCACCUGUUGUUGAGAGGAAAGAUGGAAACAAAUUUCCAUUUUCAAGAUGUCCUUAUCUGACAUAUCCCGAGCCAUCUUGACUGUAAGAGGAAAUCAAGACCAAAACAUUAAGAUUUCACAACAAAUGCCGACAACUGAUGAGGUCGACACAGGAUUGGACCUGAUGUCACCAAUCCCCCGUGAUGAGAUUAAACAAUAAGGAGCCGUAACCCCUGAACAGGAAGGAGGAAGGAAACCAGACAUCCAUGUACCGUACCUGUAUGUGGACAUGGGGGCUGCAGUGCUCUGUGCUAGCUUCAUGUCAUUCGGGGUGAAGAGGAGGUGGUUUGCAAUGGCCGCUGCCAUACAACUGGCCGUCAGCACGUAUGCAUCGUAUGUUGGAGAACAAGUGUACUACGGGGACUGGCUUAAGGUACGGAUGUAUUCCAGAGCGCUGGCUAUUAUUGGAGGCUUUAUGGUUUUGGCCAGUGGCGCGGGGGAGGUGUACAGACAGAAACCUCGCAGCAGAUCGCUGCAGUCUACUGGACAGGUUUUCCUGGGGGUCUACCUCAUCUGCAUGGUGUACUCCCUCCAGCACAGCAAAGAGGACCAACAGGCCUAUCUGAACCACAUCGUGGGAGGAGAGAUCACUUUGAUGCUGCUGGAGGUGCUGUUUGGGUUGCUGGCUCUGGCCUUCCUGUCUGGCUACUACAUCCGCCUGGCCGCACAGAUCCUGGCCACCGUCCUGCCUCUGGUGAUCCUGCUCAUUGACGGCAACCUGGGCUACUGGCACCACACCCGCAAGGUGGAGUUCUGGAACCAGAUGAAGCUGAUAGGACAUAACGUGGGUAUCUUCGGCGCCGUGCUGAUCCUGGCCACCGACGGUUGAACCUGUUUCGGGCGCUCACAGACAACUUUUACAGACCGAGGUGUCUGCGCGAGGAUGAGAUUGUCGGCCUUUGCGUCACAGUCGCCGUAGCUCGGUGACCUCUCAGGAUUCAAACACUCUGAGCUGAUUCUGUUGGAUCUAAGCAGCGUUGACUGUCUUUGCCCACCGAUUGGUAUCUUUGCUUUUGCAAGAAAAGAACAAGCUCUUUUUUUUUUUGCAAUUUAAUAAUUUAUUCAGAGUCAUUUUGUCUCUGUUAUGCUCUGAAGUAUGAGUAUAGAUGCUGUAUCUACUGGGAAAAUACCUUCUACUCAAAAAUAGUCUUAAAUGUUUAAAAUGUUUUACAGUAUAUGGUUUAAAUAUUUGCGAAAUAAAGGGAAACUUAAAAUUGAA